CUCAUCGACUUCCUACCCACCGACACUGACACGCAUUCACCGGGCAGCUCGGCUUAUUAUUUGAGUCCCCACCCGGCCGGUCUACGUCCGCAAUUGCUGGUGCUGGUUUAUGAUCGGUCGUUUGUUCGGUAACGUGUCUCAGAGGGUGUUUCACCGGGUCUUGCUGAUGAUGAAGCCGCAGGUUGUGUUCGUGCUGGGCGGGCCUGGCGCCGGCAAAGGGACCCAGUGCUCCAAAAUCGUAGAGAACUACAACUACACCCAUUUGUCAGCUGGGGACUUGCUGAGAGCAGAGCGAGCUAGAGAGGAGUCCGAGUUUGGACAGCUUAUUGCCAACUACAUCAAGGAGGGAAAAAUCGUCCCUGUGGAGAUCACCAUCAACUUACUCAGGAAGGCAAUGGAGGAGACCAUGCAGAAAGAUGAGAAAAAGUACCGUUUCCUCAUAGACGGUUUCCCCCGAAACGAGGACAACCUUAAGGGUUGGAACGAUGUCAUGAAAGACAAAGCAGACGUCAAGUUUGUGCUUUUCUUUGACUGCAGCAAUGAGGUUUGUAUCGACAGAUGUCUAGAAAGAGGGAAGAGCAGCGGACGCACAGACGACAACAGAGAAAGCUUGGAGAAAAGAAUCCAAACCUACCUGCAGUCUACCAAACCAAUCGUAGAUCUGUAUGAGAAAGACGGCAAGGUGCGCACUAUAGACGGCUCCCGCUCCCUGAACGAGGUGUUUGAUGAUGUGAAAGCCGUCCUUGAUAAAGAGGGUUGAGUUUCCUGCAGCUGCCAACAACAUCAAUUUACCUUUUUUUAGUUUUCUUUUUAUCAACUGCAAUUACACUAUAAUAAGUUUAUAUGUCCAUUCAUAUGACUUUUUAUUUUUGGUUACAUGUUUUUGUUUUCCAUCUCUUUUGUAAAAAUGUUGCACUUGUUUGUGAGUAUGUGUACAAUAUGUAUUGGUAUGACUGAGAAGUAGAGUACUUGUGAUCAACUAGUUGACGCUCCUCUGCACUGUCUUUCAUCAUAUGUUUGAGGCCUUUGCAAAGGAACAAAACCUUACAAAUUGUUAGCUUAGAUAGACACUUUUCUGUCACUUACAUUAGUGGAUGUCAACAAAAAACGGUAAAUAUCACUGAUGUCUUCAGAGUAUCAUGUCACUGGAAGCAGCCAUAAUGCUUCAGACCAAAUAGUUUGACCUAAUGACGAUGGAUUGAUAUAACUGACAAAACAAAUAAAAUGCAUAAAACAUCCGUCUCAUGUUUAGAGGACAGUGCUAUAUGGGCAUUUGCUUCUGUAGAGUUAUUCGGUGUAUGUUUGUCUGAUAGAUGGCCCAUUCUUCAAUGAAUAUUUAACUGUACCAGCUUCAUCACAGUUAUGGCACUUGAACUGAUCAUAGAGGAAACAUGAAGAUAAAAAUGAACAUUUUGUUAAAUCUGUACUGUAUCUGCUUGAAGGAGGGGUAAUAAAAAUGAGAGAUAAAAACAA